CUCUGCAAGUUGAGCUCACACUUUUUUUUUCUUUUUUUUUGGCGUCCCGCAGCAACGGGCGGAAGAAGACGAAAAAGUUGAAGGAGAAGAAGAAGGAGGAGGAGGAAGAGGAGAAUAAGAAGAAGACGAAGAAGAAGAAGAAGGUGAAGAACCGGCGAGGAAGGCACAAACUGUCCAUUUCCCCCCCCCAACUGUUGCUUUAUUGAAGGACUGGGCUGCAGCGGGACAGCGGAGGAUUAUAGAAAGGUUUUUUUUAAUAGUUUAUAUGUGUUUAUUUAGACUUUUUUCCAAGUUUCCCGGUUGUCGGAACCGGGCCGCUGUCGUCACGGUUACCCCCCCUACCCCCCUCUUCCCUCCCGCCUCCCCUCUCCCGCCGCUGCCCCCUUCAUGGAUGGUCCAGUGUGGGUGUCUGCCGCUCAGCACAGGCCGAGUUUGGAGCUCGGAAGGAGGGCUAAAUGUGCCGCCACCUCACCCCAGCACACUUUUGAGGACUUGAUUCGGAUAUAAAGAAUUAAAAAAAAAAAGGUGGGGAAAAAAGUGAGCCUCAGCUAUGGGUUGCAUGCACUUUCUGAUGUGCCUCUCCCUCACUCAGCUCAUGCUGGAGCCUACAUUUGCCGCAGGAGCCCACGACAAGCUCUCUGGCAAGCUGAGCGAGUACGGUCUCAUCGUGCCGUUCAGCACCGACUCCCACGGCCGCUUCAUGUCUCACCUGCUCUCCACCGGCGGCGCCCCGGAGGAUGGAGACGCCGACGCCGGCCGCAGGAGGAGGAGGACCGCCGGGAGGCGGAGGCUGACCCGCGGCGCCCCGGAGAUGCCCUCGCUGGCCCCCGGCUCGGCCCAGCGCUUGUUUUUCAACGUGACCGUCUUCGGCAAGGAGUUGCACCUCCGGCUGAGGGCCAACAGGAAGCUGGUGGCCCCGGGGGCCUUUGUGGAGUGGCAGGAGGACUUCGAGGGCAAGGCCAAGGAGCGCUUGCAUAGGGAUUGCGUCUUCACCGGGGACGUGAGCGACAUGCCCCACGCCGCAGUGGCCAUCAGCAACUGCGACGGACUGGCAGGCUUGAUCCGCACCGACCAUGGCGAGUUCUUCAUCGAGCCCCUGGAGAAGGGCCAGCAGGAUGUGGAGGUGAAGGGCCGCGUGCACGUGGUGUACCGCAGGUCGGCCGUCAAGCGGGAAGCUGGCCAACGCGGGGAGACUCUCCGCAAUGAAGUGGUGGACUUCGGCCUCUCGGAACUCCCGGCGGCCCUGGACCUGGUCCAGCACAGACUGUCGGAGGCCGAGCGCAAGAGGAGGCAAACCAAGGCGGACGACUACAACAUCGAGGUGCUGCUCGCCGUGGACGACUCGGUGGUGCGCUUCCACGGCAAAGAGCACGUGCAGAACUACGUCCUCACCCUCAUGAACAUCGUGGAUGAAAUCUACCACGAUGAGUCUUUGGGGACCAACAUCAACAUCGUCCUGGUCCGCAUGAUCAUGGUCGGGUAUCGACAGUCCAUCAGCCUGAUCGAGCGUGGCAACCCAUCCCGCAGCCUGGAGCAGGUGUGCCGGUGGGCCAACACGCAGCAGCGUGGAGACCCCGACCACGCCGAGUACCACGAUCACGCCAUCUUCCUCACAAGGCAAGAUUUUGGUCCCGCAGGUAUGCAAGGUUACGCUCCGGUGACUGGUAUGUGCCAUCCGCUGAGGAGCUGCACUCUGAAUCACGAGGACGGCUUCUCUUCCGCCUUUGUGGUCGCUCACGAGACGGGCCACGUGCUGGGAAUGGAGCACGACGGCCAGGGCAACCGCUGCGCCGACGAGACCAGCAUGGGCAGCAUCAUGGCACCGCUGGUCCAGGCCGCCUUCCACCGCUACCACUGGUCCCGCUGCAGCAAGCAGGAGCUCAGUCGCUACAUCCACUCCUACGACUGCCUGCUGGAUGAUCCCUUUGAGCACAAGUGGCCCAAGCUUCAGGAGCUCCCCGGGAUCAACUAUUCCAUGGACGAACAGUGCCGCUUUGACUUCGGUGUCGGUUAUAAGAUGUGCACCGCUUUCCGCACGUACGACCCCUGCAAGCAGCUGUGGUGCAGCCAUCCCGACAACCAGUACUUCUGCAAAACAAAAAAAGGGCCACCUGUGGAUGGGACAGAAUGUGGUCCUGGAAAGUGGUGUUUUAAAGGCCAUUGCAUCUGGAGGUCCAGCCAGGAGCCUCAGGGCCACAACGGCAGCUGGAGCUCUUGGUCCAAGUUUGGCUCUUGUUCGCGGACAUGCGGAGGCGGAGUUCGCUCCCGCAGCCGUCAAUGCAACGACCCCCCGCCGGCCUACGGCGGUCGCGAGUGCCCUGGCUCGGAGUUAGACUACCAGAUGUGCAACACGGAGGAGUGCGCCGGGCCCUACGAGGACUUCCGUGCUCAGCAGUGCCUCCAGAGGAGCAACAAAUACCACAACAACAAGAAGCACACCUGGCUGCCAUACGAGCACCCAGAUGAGAGUCGCAAGUGUGAGCUGAGCUGCACGUCCAAGGAAACGGGGGAGGUGGUCUUCAUGAACCAGGUGAUGCACGACGGGACCCGCUGCAGCUACAGCGACCACUUCAGUGUGUGCGCGAGGGGCGAGUGUCUGCACGUCGGCUGCGACAAGGAGUUUGGCUCGUACAAAGAGGAAGACAAGUGCGGAGUGUGCGAGGGGGACAACUCGCACUGUCGCACUGUCAAGCUGACGCUCACCAAAACGCCCAAAAAGAACGGAAUACUGAAAAUGUUCGACAUCCCUGUCGGAGCCCGUCACAUCGUCAUCGAGGAGAACGACACCUCCCCACAUCUAAUUGCCGUGAAGAAUCAAGUGACCGGCAAUUUCAUCCUUAAUGCCAAAAGUGAAGACGCGGAGUCAAAGACCUUCAUCGAGAACGGUUUACAAUGGAACUACACAAUUGAGAGCAACGGCAAAGAGACCCUACGGACGUCCGGCCCUCUGCAUGAAGGCAUCUUAGUACUGGUGAGCCCUCCGACGUUCUCAAUUUACGACACAGCGGCUCAUCUUUGCUUUUUCUUAUAUUAUCAGGUAAUUUCGCGUGAAGAGGAGGCAAAGAUCAGCUUGACGUAUAAAUACAUCAUACACGAGGACCUGCUACCUCUCAUCACCAACAACAACAUCCUCCUGGCCGAAUUGGACACGUACGAGUGGGCGCUAAAAAGCUGGUCGCAGUGCUCCAAACCUUGCGGCGGAGGCAUACAGUACACAAAACAUGGGUGCAAGAGGAAGAGUGACAGCCGCUUGGUCCAUCGCAACUUUUGCGAGACCAGCAAGAAGCCCAAACCCAUCCGCAAGCGUUGCAACAUCCAGGAGUGCAGCCAGCCAACGUGGGUGGUGGACGAGUGGAGUGCGUGCAGCAAGACAUGCGGGAAGCAGGGCUACCAGACUAGGGUGGUGCAGUGCAUGCAGGCGCAGCACAAUGGCACCAACCGGCCCGUCCACAGCAAACACUGCGCCGAGGACAGGCCGCAGCCCAGGAGGAUCUGUAAUCACACGGCAUGUCCUGCACAGUGGAGGACUGGGGCAUGGUCUCAGUGCUCGGUCUCCUGUGGGGAGGGCAUCCAGCAACGGCAGGUGGUGUGCAAAACCAGCAACAACACAGCAGGCGACUGUGAGGGCGACAAGCCGGAGACGGUCCUCAUUUGCCAGAUUAGCCCUUGUCCAGGACUAGCAUUGCCCCCUCUCAGCAUGGACAACUCCACCUUCAAAGACGAAGCCUUGCAUCAAAGAGCUCCUAACAACCCUGUCAUUAAAGUCACCUCAAACGAGGCUUGCCAGGGAGAUAAAUCGAUUUUCUGUCAAAUGGAGGUCCUGGCUCGCUAUUGUUCCAUCCCUGGAUAUAAUAAGCUUUGCUGUGAAUCUUGCAACAAAAACCUCACCAGUCCACUUUCCACCUCAGAGGAACCUCAGACGUCCACGUCUUCCCACCCGGCUGCCCACCAGUCCCCUCUACCUACCGCCACCCGGAAUCCACUGCAAACCACUAAAAGCGCCAGCCGACGGACGCGCUCCACCACCACCACCCCCCCCGCCGCGGCGUUGACCACCGUCACCCCGACCACCACAGGCGGCAGCGACCCGGUGCCUCUCCUACCUCCAGCGCCACCGACAGCCUCCAAGGAGCGCAGGCCCAACAGCACUUUAGGCCCGCUAGCCGCAAAGUCAAAAAGGGACCGCUUAGGAUCCGAGAGGGACUCCUCCGCCCGCGGGGCCGCGUAGCAUCACCUCACUUUUUGUCCUCCAGCGAACUUUGAGCAGACGGGCGAUUACCUCAUCCAACCUCCGAAAAAGCGAGGGCCAAGCGCUGUCGUCGGCGCUUCAGAGACGAUACAAACGCAAAGGUGCUGUAAACUCGAAGAGCAAAAAUAAUGUGACGACCGUAUUGCUUCCUCCGUGUUUGUUUCUGUGGACAGUUGUUGCUGUUUUUCCUCCGCAAGUGCAUCAGAACUACUAGUGACCUCGCGUGGCGAACAGGCGGGAGAGGCGUUAGCAGUGUCGACUGUGGAAGGCUAGUCUAUGCCACUCAGGUAACUUAUGGACCUUUCAUGUCAAAUAUCUCCAUUUUCAAAAAUCUUUGGUGGACCCAGCUAGUAAGGCUAAAGCUUAUAGUUAUUCCAAAAUAUUUGUGCACUUCAAAGAUCUCAGAAACUUCAUGGAAAUGCAGAAAAAAUGGAUUAAAAAAAAAAGUAAUGUAGCUUAAAAUCUUUUUAUAUAUAUUUUAUUGUUAUUGUUAGUAUUAUUAUUAAUCAGUCCAACAGGGACGGCGUGGCGCAGUGGAAGAGUGGCCGUGCGCAAACCGGGGGUCACUGGUUCAAAUCCCACCUAGAGCCAACCUCGUCACGUCCGUUGUGUCCUGAGCAAGACACUUCACCCUUGCUCCUGAUGGGUGCUGGUUGGCGCCUUGCAUGGCAGCUCCCUCCAUCAGUGUGUGAAUGUGUGUGUGAAUGGGUAAAUGUGGAAGUAGUGUCAAAGCGCUUUGAGUACCUUGAAGGUAGAAAAGCGCUAUACAAGUACAACCCAUUUAUCAUUUAUAACAAAGUAAUAUACAAUAAUAAUACAAUUUCAAUUCCAAAACCAAACCCGACCCAGCAACAUUCAUUAAAAUGAAUGCGUCAAUUGUUUUAAGUCAGGGGUGUCCAAACUUUUUCCACUGAAGGCCGCACACAGAAAUAUUAAGGCAUGCAGGAGCCGUUUUGAUAUUUUUCAUUUUCAAACCAUAAUAAAACAUAUGGAUAUUUUUUUUUACCUUUAGGGCGCCCGGGGGCCAUAGAGGGUCUAAGUCAAAUUAUUAUUUGUUUUUUAAUUUUUUAACGCUUACAGUAAAUCUCUACAAUAUAUGAACUUCGGGUUGAUAUUAUGCCUUUUUUGUCAAAGACAACUUUGUUUUUUUAUGAUAAAACUGAAAUAUGCAGUAUUUCCCCCACUGCCCGAAACUUUCAGAAAGCAAUGUGAAGUAAUUACAGCCUUAAAAAUAUCAAUAAUGCAGGACACUGUUGAUUUUAAUUCAUUAAUCUUUUUUGAGUAAUCUCAGUGAAAAGAUAAAUAAAAUCACAUUAAAUAUAUUUGGGAUCCAAAAGGUGCCCCACUCAUAAAGUGAUACAUUUUUAUUAGUUUUUUUUAACUCAAGUUACAAGAUCAACUUCAGAUAUUUCUGUCGUUUUUUUGGUUUGAACUUUUAUUUAGUUUGUUUUUUAUGCUCUUUUGUCAAAGAAAACAAUGUUGUGUAUGGCAACCACACAAUAUAUGCAAUAUUUUCCACAUUACACAUUUUAAAGUGAAAUAUUUGAAAUAUUUGGAGCCUUGAAUAGGUCAAUAAUUCAUUAUAAGUGUUAGAUAGAUUUUUUUUUUUUUUUUUUUUUUUGGCGCAAUGGCAAAAAACAAAAAAAAUUAAGAUAGACAAA